AAAUAGCUCUGCCCGCUGAGAUGUCACAGGCAUCUGUACAUCAAAGUAUGUAACCUGUACGAUUCCUCGUACGACUGUUGUAUCUAACAUCAUCCUCAGCUAAUUUCGGAUUUUCCAAUUUGAUCUAGUGACGUUUCGUUAUACGCGAUCGAGUACAAUUAACUACACGACCAGUGAGAAACGUAUGGCUCAGCGAAGCAAAUCGAACGUGCAACGGAAACCAACGGAUGCAGAACUUAUAACACGAUAGCUGAAGAACAUAACAUAGCGAAAUUAAUUUUUUCGAUAAUCUGCGCGUGUGACGAGCGCGGGCGCAGAAUACUGCGCCGAAGGUCGUUCUUUUACAUCACGUUUUUGAAUUUGAAAAAGAGAAGAAUAACGAGCCUCUCGAAGCGUUUCUCGAUUUUGGCCGUAACAAGUCGACAACCAUGUCGAAGCUCGACGCGCCAAAGUUCGUGACCGCACUUUAUUCCUUCAAAGGAAAAAACAAUGACGAGCUUUGUUUUAAAAAAGGAGAUACGAUAAUGAUAACGCAAACAGACGAUGAAGGUUGGUGGGAAGGUACGUUAAACGACAAAACAGGAUGGUUCCCAUCGAAUUAUGUGAAGGAAUGCAGAGCGUCAGACAGCGGACCCACUGCUAUCUCAAAAAUGUCUCCAGAAAAAACAGUGCAGGAGUCGCCGGUACAUCAAAAGCUCAACCGUGACAUUGUAUUAAAAGAUAUAUUGGACUCUGAAAGAGUGAACGUGGUCGAACUGCAAGGCCUGACCAAUAAUUUUUUACUUCCUUUAGAAUCGGCUAACAUAUUGACCAAAGACGAGUACAAGCAACUUUUGAGCAAUGUACAUGAAAUCUUGGAUGCCCAUCAAAGACUACUCAUCAGCCUAGAGACAGCUAUAGCACAGGGCUCUUCGAGAGUCGGCAAUCUCUUCUUAACCCUAGCGCCUAAACUGAAGUCCAUUCACUCUACUUAUUGCGCGAAUCAUCCACGAGCUGUUUGCAUUUUAGAUCGCUAUAGGGAUGAAUUGAACGAAUUUAUGGAACACAGCGGAGCGAUAUCGCCCGGAAUUUUAGUAUUAACAACUGGCCUAAGUAAACCUUUCAGGAGAUUGGACAAAUAUUCUGCCAUGCUUCAAGAACUGGAAAGGUACAUGGAGAAAAAUCAUCCUGAUAGAGGUGACACCCAACGCGCUAUAUCUGUAUAUAGGGAAAUAGCGGAACGAUGCGCGUCCAUUCGAAAACAACGUGAAUUAGCUCUUCAAGUAUUAACUAGCGGUAUUAAGGGAUGGGAGGGAGAAGAGUUAAGCUCUUUAGGGGAAAUCCUCUACGUUGGAGCUGUAACUUUAGCAAGCGGAACGACCGGCUUGGAUCGUCGGGACAGAUACUUUGUCCUUUUCCCUACGACCUUGUUGGUGCUUAGCGCAAGUCCAAGAAUGAGUUCUUUCGUUUACGAGGGAAAGCUUCCCCUAACUGGCAUUAAUAUCAUUCCAACGGAAGACAGUGAAGAAAUUAGAAACGCUUUUGAAAUUACAGGACCGAUGAUCGAAAGUAUCCACGUGCUCUGCACGACCAAGGAAGACCGGCAACGAUGGAUCGAAUUUUUGGUACAGGAACAAACGACUAGCAACCUUGUAAAAUCACCGUCGACAGCGUCACGUGUGAGUCAGCAGAAUGGGAAACAACAACCGCAACCACAACCGCAACAACAACGAUCGAUUGCGGAACAGUGUCCACCUUUAGGGAUUAGAACGGCUUGGUGCAUCGCUUCGUUACGUCCAGCUCCUCCACUCUACGCUUUCAGGGCAUUUGGUAAAACCGAUCCGAGUUUGGAUUUAUCACGUGCACCACGACCGUGCAAUGAACGACAAUUUGAAGAGGACGCGAUUAUACUGAAGGUUAUCGAGGCAUAUUGCCUUACUGUAAACGCUAGAUUCACUGUGCACUCUGGGGAAUCAACUUCGGUGUUGGACUACGGAUCGCAGAAGACACGUGACAGAACAUCUCUGACGCACAACAAGGGAGACUGGGAUUUUUGUAGCAACAGGACAUUAUCGGAAACAGUGAAAACACUGAAAAGUCAAAUGACCGAUUUGCAAUCGCAAAUGUCUCUAUUGACGAAACAAUUGGACGAAGAAAGGAAGUCCCGGCUUUCUUUGGCCGCCACGGUGAAGCGAAGCAUGGGUGUUGUGGAUGGAUCGAUGCCCUGACACUCUCUCCAAACCGAAUGGAAUAUCUUUCGUAUCUUUUGUAGCCACAGGCAAACCUUGGUCUCAGAAUUGCGCUCUUUACUGCCAUCUUGAUUUACGCGUUUGCAACCGGAAUGUUCCUUAGAUCGCAAAUUUCCUACAGUAGGCAUGGAUUCAUAUGUAAAUAAACAUUUUUAAAAAGUUUA